GUUUUGCUUUUGGAUGUGACGUUUGAAAGAGCAAAGCUCUCAUUGGAUAUCGCUCAUCGCUCGUCGCGUUUAUUGUACGAGAGCUAUUAGCGUUGAUAGCGUCCCAUAGCAAACCCCCCGAACGCACGCGAGAUUUCUCCAUUUGGCAUUUGGCAUCACUGAUGAUCUCUGAUAAGGAUCAAUCUCUUUUCUCCUGCCUGUGUAUGAUGCUUGAUUUCCCAUUUACCGCAUGGUACAUAACGUAAAAUGGUGUAUUUUGUGUAAAUACAGUUUCUUUUUAUUAUUAACGUAAAAUGCGUUAAACAACGAUUUUGAAAAAACAUCGUGAAAAAGUAUAUCUCUUAAUAAAUUAGGUAAAUCGAUAUGGCGGAACAGCAACCGACACCUCCUGGUUUUAAACACAUGUCUUUGGAUAAGAUUAUCGAAGCUAUGACUGCAGACUUGGAAGGUUCGAGUGGUCAUUACGUUCAAUUUGGUGUUACUCCGCGGCAAGCUGCUUCUCACAGUUGGGGUGAUUAUGUACCUGGACAAACCAGACAUCACGUCACCAGCCAAUCUACGCAUUCUAAUCCUUCUGGAAUACAACCUUUGACAUCGAUGACGACCUCGCUAUAUAUGCAAGAUAUGUCGAAUUACGAUUCCACGACUACCGAUUCGAUAUAUACCUUUCCCCCACAGACAGUAAAUCAUCUAGGCAUUAACGAGAAUAACGAUUUAAUUGGCACCAUUGAUGUUGGAGGUGGAAACUAUAUUAAUGUCAUUUAUGGAAAUGCUUCUCAGAUUAUGGCUGAACAAUGUCAUCUUCCAAAUAUCGGACCUUAUUCUAAUCAAAAUAUGGUUGAUCAGGAAUAUGGGCUUUUUAACAAUCAACAUAUGACCGUACCAUCCGAGUUGCCGAGUCAAAACUUUAAUGGAAAACAGUUGAUUGACAAUCUGGUUGGAAAUUGGGUGCCAAAUCAAUCUGGAACUUACAGUCCAUUCGGCGGAUCUCCCAAUAUCACUCCUGUACCGCAAUCUGUACCAGAUGUAAGAGAAAAUGAGGAAUUACCUCCUAGAAACAUAUCAGAUUCUCAAUACAAAAGACCAAGGAUGGUAGCUGAAGUAAAACCUAUGCGGCCUUCUUAUUCGGACGUUUUAACAAAAUCCGCGCCAACCCCGCCAUCACCGUUAACAGUCCAACCCGUAAAGCCAAAAAUGGAAGUAGCGGGCAAGAAAAUUUCUAACAAGAAUGUCAAAACUAAGAACAAAUCCGCAUUGUUGAAGAGACAAAACUCAUCCGGUAGCGAUGAUCACAAUUCUCCAAAGAUACAAAUGCCUAGAAAAGUUUUGGAAAAAAAUUCUUCCAAUCUACCAAGACGUUGGGUGUCGCUUGACAAUCUUGGUUCGCAAUCCGAUUCUCGUCAGAUAAAUGCUUUCGACAGAUCCGAUCAAUUUUGUCCGGAAAGAAGGAAACCUGAUAAGAAACCAUCUAAGAAAACGGAAAAGAACGAGACUCUCAACAACACCAAGAUACAAAACAUCAAUCUUAAAAUCACGGGAAAUAUUCCGAAACGUCCGAUACAGAUAAAUAACAAUUUAAAUACGAUCAAUACGUCCAGCCAGACAGUUUCAUCUGAAAAAAUGGAAAAGAAUCAACAGAUUAUUAACAAAGUCACAAAAGAGGAUAAAAAGGCAGCGGUCAAGGAUAAGAAUCCUAAACGUUUUCAAGCCGAGAAAGCCCAGCAGCAAAUCAAGAAGGGACAGAGAAAUAGAAAAAGAGAGAAUAAAGAAUCUUCUAUUAAGGAUUUAUAUAAAAAUUUGAAUAAAUACGCAACCCGUUGGAGUAAAAUUCUAUUGAAAGUUUUUUAUUGGCUGUUACAUUUAAUCUCUGAUGUAAUUAGCAUGAGCGCCAACUUGGUUAUUCAGCUUGGUAAAUGCGCUUGGUAUCAUACCAUACUUUAUUUGAAGAAUUGGUGGAUGUACGUGGCUGUGACAUUUUGUAAAAUUCGUGUUUUAAACGCUAUUGGUAGACAAUUAGACGAUUGGCUCGGUAGUAGCAAGUUUGCGUUUUGGAGGAAGAUAAACGCUAAGAAGAAUGAGGAAAGAGAAGACAGCGGCAAUUGGAUUCACAGUGGACUAGAGACCAAUAUCGCGUUACCCAGCACUGGCGAAGAAGCCAUGAAAAGAUUAUUGGCAUGCAAGGGAAAGGAUCCUUACAGUAUACUCGGUGUUACGCCAACAUGUUCGGAUGAUGAUAUAAAGAAAUAUUAUAAGAGGCAAGCCUUUCUAGUGCAUCCGGAUAAAAAUAAUCAGCCGGGAGCUGAGGAAGCAUUCAAAAUACUGGUACAUGCCUUCGAUAUCAUUGGAGAACCGGAACGUAGACAAGCGUUUGACCAGACCAGACAAGUCGAAGCGGCUUGGGGUGAGUUAAGCGACUUGUUGUCUCAACUUCAUCGAAAGAUGGAACAGGCAGCGAAUACGAUAAGAUGUACAAAUUGUGGCUUGAGACACAAACGUAUUCCUACGCAACGUCCUUGUUAUGCCGCACGAUUUUGCAAUCAAUGCAAAAUACGUCAUAGCGCGAAAGAAGGUGAUAUCUGGGCAGAGUCUCGUUUAAUGGGUUUUCUAUGGCACUAUUACGCGUGCAUGGAAGGAGCGGUAUAUGAUGUAACUGACUGGGCGGCUUGCCAAGCUGGGAAUCUCAAACAUCUUAGAGCGAAUACGCAUAGUGUCCAAUAUAGAAUCGUCUUAGGGCAAAGAUUACCAUCUCAAACGUCCAGUAGCGGUAAAAAGCGGCAACAGAUAGAUCCCAAUACAAGCGAAGCAGAUUUCGAGGAUUUCCUAAAUAAUCUCUACAAUCAUAGCAAAUCUGCUGGCGUUAAUACAUCGGGGGAUCAAAAUUCUUUUAGAGGUGAUAGCAGACGACGUAAAACUAAACGUAAGAAGUAGAUGAACAACAGCGAUAAAAAUUGCUUUUGACAUCGACGUUGUAUAGUUAUGAAGGGCGCGUACGUUAGAACGCAUAUACGCAAUUUUAAAUUUACAUUAUCCUUAAACAAAUAAUCUUAGCAUAUAGAUAUUACAAAUAUUCAUGAAGCUAAUAUUUGACUGACACAUACAAAAUGAGAUUAUUAUAAAUGAGAGAUGUUGUGUUCACGACGAAUGCGUAUCUAUAUUAAACAUCGUGUUAUAUCGGAUAAACUCGUAUAUCUUCGUUAAAAAAAAAAUUCACCUAUGAUAAGAAAAUACUAUCGACAUCUCGAGAGAAUAGAAACACUACAAACACAAAAAAAGGUUUAAAGUUAUUAAAAAAAUAUUUUAACUCUUCAAAAUUAUAAAUAGAGAUGCCAAAAAGGAAAAUAUUACAGAAACAAAAACUAUAUUAUGCGUCGCAAAGCUAUAGUCAAACAUAAAACUUUUUAUAUAUACGUUUUUAAAUAACCAGUAUGCUGUAACCUUACGUUCUUCCAGAAUUAAAACAAUAGUAUAGUAUU